GGAACAUAAUGUAUAUGGAAUUACCCGUGAUACAACUGGUCAAUAUGUGAUUGUAUUUGAUGAAUUUUCUUCUAGGAGUAGUAGAUAUGGAAAAUGUACGCAAUGCAAGAAAUAUAAUACUUCAGGCGCAUGGUGUCAGUCGUGUGAUCCUUUUGAAAUUACUCAAGGAUGGACUAGUGGAAAUAAUGAUAUUGAUGAUUACAUUAAAGAAAUUCAGCUUAAAACUACUGAAUAUGAACACGUAAUUGAGUGGAUUCCAUUUGAUAGAUUAUACAAUUUGCAAAAAGUUGAUGAAUCAAGACUUCAGGCAUUAUGGUUAGAUGGAAUACGAAAAGUCAAGUCACGUACAGAAUCACAUACAGUUGACCUUAAGAUAUUUGAUGGCUUACAAGUUGAUGCAUUAGAAUUUAUAAGAAAU